CCUUUAAAUCUACUAAAUCCCCAAAAGAAACCCUUCAUUUUUAUGGGUCAAUGUUGUUUUGGGUUUGUGCUCUUAAAGGGUGAAAGAAAUAGCUUGUUAUGUACUCCAUUUCCUUAAUUUGCUUGCUUUAGCUUAACUGGAUUAUUUGACUUAAUUAUUUUAUGUGUCAUGUGGAUGUGACUUGAUUUUGUCUGUGCGCGGGCACGGGCGCAUUUAUUUGCCUUUUAUUUAUUUAUUCAUUUUUAGAAAUCGUCAUCUUCCCUGUGUAUCUGCUCAUAGACUGAUGAGAACAAUGAGUUUUUCAGUAAUUAAACAGAUAAAUUUUUCAUAUUUGAAGACCACUUUAGUUCUUUUUGCGAUUUCUGGCAAUUUCCUGAUUCGAGAAACCCUUCCUUUUUUUCUGAGUUUUUCUAAAAAAACCUCUAAAUUCCUGAGAUAGUUCAUAGUUCUUGAAGAGUGGUUCUAAAUUUCUUGUAAAAAUUUGUAAUUUACUUAUAUAGUGUGUUAUAUAAGCCUAAAAUGCCAUGGUAAGAUUCACUAGGGAAUGGAGAUUUGUGGAUCAGGGUUCCAUGAGACGAUAGAUUGACAAGGAGCGAGAGUAAUGCAUUCAGAUACACUUUAACCCGGAUAUAAUCUCUUGUAAUUUGUAGGUCAGUGUAAGCAGGAUUAUUGUGAUUGCUUGUAUACGGCGUAUAAAUUUGUGUAGCUAGAUAAUUUUGCAUUUUAAGGUUAAUUAUGGGAGAUGAAGGGCUUGCAAAUGGCGAGGGCCACUUCAUUGAAAGUAAAAUUAGUGGAGCUCGGGACAAGCAGUCUAGUGCUGAGUUUAGACCAGGAAAUAUGACAUGGAUCAAGCUUCGAGGUGGUUCAUGGUGGCCCGCACAGAUUGUGGAUGAGAAUGCAGUAUGUGAUGAUUUUAAACCGUCCAAGAGAAAGAGGGGUGAAGUUCUUGUGCGCCUAUAUGGAACUUAUGAUUACUCAUACAUGAACCCUGAGAGCAGUCUCUUGGAGUUUAAUAAUGUUCUCAAGCAAAAUAAGUGUACUCAAAGGGAGAUUUUUAUGAAGGCGUUGGAGCAGAAACUCUCUAAAUUGCAAUCUGGGAGAAGAAACGCACGAGGAGCCAAAUCCAAAGCAAAUGGCAAUUUAGACAACGAGAAAACAUCGCUUUCUAAAAGAGUAAUUGAAGAACAAGAUGCAUCGAAGAAGAAAAGCAAGCUCGAUGACGAAACUCCUCAAAAACCGCAAGCAAGUGCUAGGAGAUUGAAAGUAAUGCAGGAUCUUGGCUUAACUGCUCCUUCCGGGUCACCAUUUCUCAAAAAUGGAGUUCUAUCUUUGUCGCCCUAAGCAAGGUUUUACAUUUUAGGUACAUUAUUUAGAACCAAAACCCUUAACUUUUGUAAGGCUCCUAAAGAUUGUCGGGUUUAGUGUCUGAUUCUUGUAGAUCUCGUGUCCUAUCCCAUGCUACUUUUGGAACUAUAUUGCAUCUCUUGUACUUGUUCCGAUCACAUUGAAGAUGAGAACAGAAUUGGACGAGUAAUUGAAUGAACACCGCGAGCUCAUUAUUGGUUGUAAAUUGUGACUUGUGAUUCUAUGAGUUCUUCCUUUUCAUGUUAA